AAAAUACUCCAACUACUUAGAUUAGUAUAUGAAGUCAUAAACCUCCACCUUUCCUCUUCAAUUUCCCAACAACACAAAAAUGAAGACAAAAAUGCAUCCAUCUCUCCUCCUCCUCCUCCUCUCACUCCUCAUCCUCCUCCCCUUCUCCGCCGCCUCCCCGCCGCCGUUCCAGCGCUACCCCCUCCCCUCCGCCCGCCGCUCCACCAUCCCGCCCCAAACGCAAAUCGAAGUCACCCGCCCCCUCCCCUUCGACGCCCUCACCCCCGCCUGCACCCUCCCCCUCUUCAACCACACCUUCGCCCACACCUCCGGCCUCCCCCCCUCCGCCGCCAACUACUCCGCCCCCCUCAACUGCACCUGGUCCAACGCCGUCCUCCACUUCUCCGCCGCCGCCAACGGCACGCAAGUCGACCGCAUCGCCGCCGUCUGGCUCGCCGGUGCCGAGCUCCUUCGCACCAGCACCCCCGAAUCCACCCCCGACGGCGUCUCCUGGUCCUUCACCAAGGACGUCACCCGCUUCUCCGCCCUCCUCAGCCGGAAAAACCUCUCCCUCUCCGUCAUGUUAGAGAACACCGUCGAUGAAUUCUACACCGGCGCAUUCGACGUCAAUAUCACCUUCCUCUUCUACAACAUCAAAAAUUCCUCAAUCCACAACCGCCGCUCUCUCAAUUCGAGCCCUAGAAAAAUCAUACGCAAUCAACGGCGGCAGUCCGCCGCGAUCAAUGCUUCACUCGAAUUAGACCAAAUCCCCGCCGAUUUGAUCAUCCCGGUCUCCGCUGCGGGAGAGGAAGGGUACUGGUUUAAAAUCCAGACUGGAAACGACGCCGUUUACCAGGGGAUUCAAAUCCCUAACAACACCUACAGAGCUGUAAUCGAGGUCUUCGUCUCCGCCCACGGCGACGACGAAUUCUGGUACACGAAUCCACCGGAUUUCUACAUCGAAAGCAACGGAUUGAACAUCACGCUCGGCCACGGCGUCUACCGAGAAGUUCUCGUCACGCUCGACGACAAUGUCGUCGGAUCGGUCCUCCCCUUCCCUGUAAUCUACACCGGCGGCAUAAACCCUCUGUUUUGGGAUCCAAUCGUCGCAAUCGGCGCUUUCAAUCUACCUUCCUACGAAAUUGAGCUCACUCCAUUUCUAGGCAUUCUACUCGACGACAAAAAGCACUACUUCGGAUUCGGCGUCGCCGACGCCAUCUCCUUCUGGCUCGUCGACGCGAAUCUGCACCUCUGGCUCGACGACGGUCCGGUGAAGGUCCAAGCCGGUCCGAUCAAGUACAAAAACCCUAACAAUUGCGUCGAGCGCGAAUCCAGCUUCGCGCAGCUCAACGGCAAAUUCGAAACCGAAGGAGAGAGAAAAACAGAAUUCUCCGGCUGGGUGUACUCCAGCGCCGGAAACUUAACCACAAGCGUCACAACGAAGCUCGAAUUCGAAAACGAGAUCAACUACAAGAGCAACGGAACGAUCGUGAAGGUCGAGCACGAGGUGAAAGUGAAGAAGCAGAUCCAGAUCUCGCUGCCGUCCUCCGGCACGGUGGCGAGCUUCAGCGUGGAGUCGAAAUACCCGCUGGAGCUGAAGACGACGUCGGUCGCCGGAUCUGGACCGGAUAACUACCUCGUGUCGACGGAGCUGGAGGUGUCGUACCAGGAGGAGAAGAAGAUCGACCACUUCCAGAGCAAAUUGACGAACAAGCAAGAGUGCAGCGGCUGGAUGUUCGUCCACGGCGAGGACGUCCUCUCCGGCGCCGGAGCGACGUCGCAGACUUACACGGUGAAGGAUAGCCUCGGAUGCUACUCUCGGAAGGUCUCGGCCGACGAAGGCGCCGUCGUCAGCGACAACGAGAAUUUCCUCUGCUCCGCCGGAGUUGUUUCUGGAUCGUCUGCUUAGAAUUUUUGUGAUUUCUUUGUGUUUUUGAGUUAUUUUUGCAUUUGUUUUUUCCACUAGGGUUUGGUUUUUUUUUUUUUUCACUAGGGUUUGGUUUAGUGUAUGAUUAUGAUUGAAUAAAUUUUAUCUACACGAUUUUAUGUGAUAACUCUUUUGAUUAUGGGUUAAUGAGAUACUUUUUUAAGUUAA